UUAAUUUUAAGUUUUAUAAUACAGAUGUCAUUUUAAAUAGUGGAUUCUCACUUUUAAAGGAAAAUGAUAGACCUUGAUUGAAAGUGAGCUCAAGAUCAUCGGAAUCAUCAUCACAACAACACGUUCCUGAUUGUGAUUUUUCUUAGUGAAAAAAGAUAACUAUCAUCCAUUAUAAAGAGGUAUAUCAAUGGCGAAACUCCUAAAAUCAUUAUCAAAACUGACUCAAAGAAGACCUUUAAAGCGCACAAAUUCACUUGAAAAUUUGUAUGUAAAGGAAGAGGAGGGUCCUAAGGUGACUCGUAAACGAUCAUAUUCUUUCGACAUUAGCUCAAUUCUUAUGAACGAUGAAAGUAAUAUUGGACAGAGGAGUAGCGAUUUUGUAGAGAAAAUUUUAGAUUUAAAAAACAAAAUUCGUCAAGGUAUACAGAGAAAAAAAUCAGAAAAAAAUCGUUCGCGAGUUUCUGGAGAUUUUUUGCAAUACAUUUGUAAGACAUUUUGCACAGAGAAGCCAGAAAAAUCUUCGACAAGCAGAUUUAUAGUAGAUAAUUUGAAAAGUGCAAUUUUAAAUACGAUCGAAAACAAAGAUGACAUUGCGCAUAUAUGGGUUGGUCGACAAGACAAAACUUCCCAUGAUAUUGAUACAGUAGUAAUUGUGACAAGAUCUUCAAAAUCGUAUAACCUAGGUGACAAAAUAUGGGGACUUAAAAUACUUGUACGAUGUAUCGAUACCUGUAGCGACGAAGCAGCAAAUCUGCUGAUUUAUGAUACAAAUGACUCAAUCGGCUCUUUAAGUGGUAAACUUACAGAGUCGGAUAUAAAAUCCCUCUUUCACAGACACAGCAACAUUACAUUAAUUAAUACAUCUAAUGUGUGUUCUAUAGGUUAUAAAAGUAAAACUAAUGCCAAAAUAGAGUGGAUUCCUUCAAUUGUUAUCUAUUGUCACAUAAAAGGAGUGAUACCUAUCGGAGAAGAAGCAUUUCCAAAGAGUAUAGGUGGCCAUCGAGUAGAUGUCCGUGAAGCUGUGUGUAAUUUCGCCGUAAAACCAGUUCAACUGAGUGAAAAGAUUGGGACAGAAGGUUCCACAAGAUUUGGCACAUUGGGAGGUUUUGUAACACUGCAAAAUCCAGAGCGACAAUUGUUUCUAACAUGUGCCCAUGUACUUUUCCCAAUAAAUCAGUUGAAAAAUGAAAAGCUCAACGAAGAUAUAAAGGAAAAAGAAAUAAAUGUAGUUGACAAAGACGGGCAUCAACUUGGAAAAGUUCACAAAGCCGUGUUUAAACAUGGGCAUGAAAGGGACGUUAGCAUAGAUGCCGCUUUAGUUGAAAUUAUCGAUCAAUAUCGAUAUGCACGUAAUGGAAAGUUUGCAGUGAUCUCCCCAGAGGAAAUUUCAAAGACAGGUUUUUCAGAAUACAACAUGCCACGAUUUGAUAAUGGAGAGAUGGAACAAGUCACACAGUCAAACUUUCGACAACAGGCAUUAAAAGUUGGAGCUAAAUCUGGACUAACAAUUGGUUCUUUGAAAAUCGGAAAUAGUUGUGCAAGGAUUCUCUAUUACGACAUACAAGUAGGAAAUUAUUUUUCUACAACAUUUUAUAAACAAAUGGAAGUUAUACCUCAACUUGAUUAUUCACAAACGUCCGAAUCAAGGGAACCGUUUUUAGAUAACGGAGAUUCUGGGUCUUUUGUCUAUCUUAUAGCGCAUCCAGAACCAGUAGUUCUUAAGUGUAUCGGAUUGGCUUUUGCCAAGACUUCUCAUGGUACUUGUUUGAUGACGCCCAUAGACAAAGUGUUUGAAGCACUUGGUCUUCCAUUUAACUGUUUAUCAAAAUUCGCAAAGGAAGAUACUCAGAGAGGGAACAUUUCCGAUAUUUUAUCUAAACUUGAAGACAUUUCAAACAAAAUGGCGACAAAAGAGGAUUUCAAAAAGAUGAAUGGAGAAAUAAGCAGUAUGAAACAGAAAUUUUCUUCUACAGAAGCUAGUGUGAAAGUACUUUUGGAAAAAAGUGGUAUAGAAAUAACUCAUCUGUAA